GGUGUACAGUACCCUCUGUCAUUAUGUGCUGGCAUGGUGCUUGUGCAACUGGGACUGCAUUUUUUUGCUGACAAGGCAUGUAGAUAAUAUCGCAGGUAGCUCUCGCCUCUGUCCCUGUCUUGUUCAACUGGUUCGCUUGCAUGCCUAAUACCUCUCCUCCUCUACGUCUUGUCCUCUUGGCCCCAGUCAAUCUACAGACCAUUAUAAAGAUAAAAUUGUAAUACAUUGAAAUGUAAUCGGAUUGAAGUGGGUGAAGUAAAUCUUUUUAAAUUGUUUACAUUGACGCAAUCCAGUUUCUAAAACCAGACUGCUUUUUAUAUCACCAGGUUAUUGUUACUCUUUGUCAAUAUUAGUGUCGUACUGGAAUUGGUGAAUAUGGUCCUAUAGUUUCUUUGUGUUUUAAUUUAAAGCUAAAGUGUGUCGUUUAUUUGUCAAAAGUGUAACCAAGCAGAAAUAUUGACUCUGUUCAUACAAGUUUCUUCAAAACUAAUCCCAUCUGUCAUUGGUCCUGUCCCAAGUUCUCACUUCAGACUCCUCAAGCAACAUUUUUUAGAUUUUUUUGUAAUGCCAACAGAGCCAACCUACUAUUGGCUUGUAAAUAAAAUAUCAAGCUGCAACAGGAGGCAAUACUUUUUACAUUUAAAAACUUACACACUCUAGCUUUAACAAAAGCCUUGAAAGUAUGUGUUCCAAGACAUCACCGUCUACAUAUCGUGUUUAGAACAUAAAACGUAUUUAUCAAGAUUUUCCAGGUCUCAUCAUUUGCAGCUUGUCAGAUCUAUUAUAUAAGAUAGUGUGGAACACCCACCGUCUUGGAGCUCGGGUGAGAAGGACACGAGAGAGCGGGAAAGGUGGCCUGGCUGCAUGCCUGAACCAAAUGAUUCCUGCUCCUGCACUAUUGUCUAUGUAUGGAGAGGUGUAGAGAACAGAACUGCCACAUACAGUGUUCAUAAAGAGCAUAAAAACACUAUACACUGCAGCAACUGAUGGCUAUCACGUUUAUCAUGUUUUUAGAAUAAGAUAGAGGCAUAUUUGCUCUUUGCUUUCCUGUUUUUGACUCAUAGUGUCAGGGCUAUUUUUCACCAAACACCAAUGGUGUAUUUAUAUCAUUGUGCUCGAAGCAGCUGGUCAGUGCGCACAGUGACAGCCAUCACUGCAUGUAUGUGUGUUGGGUUGCAGCGCUGUGUUUGUCAUGUUUUUGUUUCUCAAAAACAUUGCCCCUCUUCUGCCAAUCAUUGUGUGUGAUCUGUAGGCCGCUAGAGGUCUGUGGUACUUAAAUCAGGAUCUUUUGUUUUCAUUAAUGCUUUAAUCUACCCAUUCCCUUGCCUCUUUUGCUCUAGCCACAUCUUUGUCUGUUUGCAUGUUACGAGAGUAGCAUUAAUUUCUCUCUCACCCACAGUCCCAGUCAUUUUAAAAAAACUCUCAACUUCCUUUUACCCGGUUCCCCAACCCAAGAAGAUGUGCACUGGGCAGUGAUUAGGAGUCAAAAGAAACAUAUUGCAAAUGUUCACUUAGUUCUCUCUGUGCUUCUCUUUGACCACUGAAGGAAUCCCAGAAUUCUUUCAUUAUAAAUGUCACCGGUGCAACUAUUUGCCACCUAGUAGGUCAGAAGUUGACACAGCCAUUCUUUAAAAUAUUACUUUAACAGCUUUGCUUUGCUUUUGCAUGCAUACACAUCCUGCGGACCUCACUGAAACGUGCCUCAAUGAAAAUGAAACCCAGGAAUGUUCUGAGAGAAAAGGUCAAGGUUCAUCAUUUUAAAACAACCCUGCCCUGUAGACACAGAUCAUGCUGUUGAGCUGAGUGUUUGAUCAUAUGCCUAGAUAUUGUGUUCACUGUUUGUAGUUUUUUUUUUUGUUAAUACGGAAAGUUGUGUCAGCCCUUAAAUUAAGCAAAAUCGCACUUAAAGAAUGUACCCAUCCUCCCAUUUGGUCCUGAGCUGCUUCAGCGUCUGACGGUAAGGAAAGCAGUGUGUUCGAUUUUUCACUGUGCCACUUUCAUUUCCGCUCUUUUAUUCCAUCACCACACUGAUACAACACCAUCUGUCCAUGUGGCCAAUUGAAAACACUCACCUCUCAAAUACAUCACAGUUCCAAGAAACUUAACACAGUCACCUCUGCCACACUUCCCUGCUCUUAUUUACUCUAGCUUUUGUUGUCCAUCUCCCUCUCAGUUUCAGGCGACUGACCUUUCAGCGUCCAACUGUAGAGCAUGGUGGUCAUAUGAAGCCCAGGGUUUAAAAAAAGCCAGGUUCGUAUGGACAUGUUUUCACUCCACUUGCACUGCUGUUGGAUUCUUCGGCGUUUUGCUCUUCAUCUGUCUGUUUCAUUUUAGCGCAUCCACCCGUUGGUCAACACAAAACCUGCCUGCUUUCCGCGUCUGCCCGACACGCCAUUCACAAAACAGGGUGAAUGUUUCCUGUCCACGUUCAGCUGAUUCUGAUUGGCACAUAUGAGGAAUUCGACUAAAAGACUGCUCUCUUUAUAGAGUUCAAUUUACCUGAACUAAUGGUCUCUUAAGGAGGACUUCAGAGUUACAAUGUAAAGUGCUGCACUCAGCAAGAAGAGGUAAUGUGAGGUCAGCUCAAAAUGCUAUUUAGAUGCUUCACCAGCCCUCCAAAGGAUGACAUGCUGUGUUGUUAGCAGAGGGAUGCUGCAGAGUCACUGCAUUGCAGGGCAUUUGGGCUGGGCUUACUGCAGAUGCAUCUGCACUGCUGAUAGACUGAAGAUACUGGGACUUACAGUCUUCUGAUCCUGCAAUCUGUAUCGGUAAACAGCCAGCUGAUGUGCUGUCACAUCUUUUAAUAAAUUCCACCAUCGCCAUCUUUUGAUGUUGCUAUGGCGAUUGUAUCUGAUCUGUUAUGUACAUGGCAGUCUCAUGCUAAAAUUGGCCUUGAAAUGCUCUCUGUGGUAUCCUCUGCUACAUAUUAACAAAGAAAAAGAAAUAAACGAAUAGGCUAAGAGUCUUACAGUUUUUUCCAUGCCUAUGAUUUGAAUAGAACAGCACACACAGAAGCGUUGGGGUCUCUAGAGGCCCGGGGGGAUAUUACAAGAUGAACAUUAGUGAAGCUACCCAUGCACUAGCCAUCUGGAUAAAAAAAAUCCUUAUUCUGUCCAGACACGCAUACAGAGGUAUAAACUAACGCAGAUCUUCCCGUCCAAUUAGGGAGAAGUUAACUCUCCCAUAUUUAUUUCUCACACUUUUUAUUUUAAUACAGAAAGAUUUCUCAAAUCAGGCUUAUCUUAUUUUAACCCAACUCUCAAGCAAGUGAGCAAACCUGAUGUCUUGUAUAUCAAAUAAAUGGAAAAAUGCAAUGAAAACCCUGUAGCAAUUAUUUUCGCAAAGGGAGAAAGGAAAAAAGCUAUUUAGGCUCGGGCAAAAAAAAAACAAUCCUAUUGGUUUACAUAUCAUAACACUGAUGUCAUUGUUGAGGGCGGUCAGUUCAGAAUUCAUGAUCUAAAUUGGCCAAAUGGUUGAAAGGCUUUGCAAAGAAACGGCAGAACUCAUGGAAAGCGGGUGUGUCUUGUGGGGAUGGCACCUCCCUCCCUACCCAUAAUGCUCUAGUUCUUGCUCCGCUCCUUACCUCAUACCACUCAUGGCUCUGCCUGCUCCAUCUUAACUUCACCCUAUGUAGAUUGUGACAUCUGUUAGAUGACCAUCACUACUUUCUGCUCUGCAUCAGUUCUAACAACAUCCUCCGCUCUUUGCUGCAUUCUCCUCCCUGUAUAUGCUUCCUACUAUACAGACACAACUAACAACCGUCGUCUCUAACAUUGUGUGUACACCGAACGGGACCGACGCGACACAACCAAAGACAUCAUAAAUGCAUUAGAUCCCAUUAUGAUUUGUACUUAUUAAGAAUAGGCAGGUUGUCAUGUCGCGUCGCGUCGCGCCUGUCGCCUCCGGUGUAGACACGGUGUAAGUGGUUAAAUAAAAGCUGCAUGCUGGUUAAUCGUUUUGGUUUUCACCAUUUUUUCUCAUAAUUGCCUUUUAUUUGUUGUGUGUGUGUUGGAUAAACAUAAAAAAAAUUCAUCCAUAUUUUUUGGUAUAAUUAUAGGUGUUUUUGCAUCUCAUUUAUUUUAUUUUUAAUAUAAGUAUCAGAUCGGUCUAAAGCACGCACGCACGCACGCACACAUGCAAACACAUGUAGAUGGGCCUCUCAAUGGUAACCUGAGGCCUCCCCUCUCUCUCCAUUUGUCUCUACAUAAUUGUAUCGAUCUACCUCUCUCACUGUCUCGCCCCUCGACCUCUUCUCUCGUUUCGGCUACAUACUGUAUGUUUUUGUGGUGGCUCUGUUGUCAUGGUGAUGAACUCACAAAAAGCUUGUGAAAGUUUUUGGUUUUAUGUGUAUGCCAGCUCAAUGUCUGUGCUGUUCUUUACCUCUUAUUUACUCUCAGUUGUUUGUGUAUUAAUCUUUCUCCCCGAAGCGGCUUAUAUAUGUAUUUACCUGUCACAAUACAUAUAUAACCGUACAUUUCUCCCUCCCUUUUCUGAGACUGAAAGUGAAUUAGUUGACUCUGAGGUUGGUAGCAUUCACAUAUGUUCUCACAGCGGUUACCUCCACUUUAACCUGUUCUUUUGAGGAAUGCCCGUUUAAACCAUAGAUUAAAUUUUGCGUACUAUAGAUUGAGUUUCCCCCAUUGUCAAGGCACUACAUAAUUAAUUUCCCCAAACUGUAGGGGCCUCAAGUGCCUUAUUACAGACCCAAGUGAAUUUAUUUUCCUCUUCUUGUUCUAUCCAUCCUAUCUCUUCCUUUUCCACCCUGUCCCCUCAAACAAGGAGUUUAAGGUGUAUCAGAUGAUCUUAACAUUGAUGACAGUGAAGAGGUUUUGACAGUUAUUUGGCUGCCAUGCGUGCUUGUGAUUGUUUGUGUGUGUGUUUUUGUAUGUAUAAAGCUCUUCUUAUUAUUGGAAUAUUGUGGUAUUUCUUUCCUCUCUUCCUCAUAUCAGGAUAACAUUGGGCACCGGCUUCUUGAGAAACAUGGCUGGAAGUUGGGUCAAGGCCUGGGGAAAUCCAUGCAGGGACGAAUUGACCCUGUGCCCAUCAUCCUCAAAUAUGACGUCAUGGGAAUGGGGCGUAUGGAGAUGGAGUUGGACUAUGCAGAAGAUGCCACAGAAAAGCGGCGUGUGUUGGAAGUGGAAAAAGAAGACUCAGAUGAACUACGUCAAAAAUACAAGGAUUUUGCAGAAAAGGAGAAAGCCAUAGCUAAAGCUUUGGAGGAUCUGAGGGCAAACUUCUACUGUGAAUUGUGUGAUAAGCAAUAUACAAAGCACCAGGAGUUUGAUAAUCACAUCAACUCCUAUGACCACGCACACAAACAGAGACUGAAGGAGCUUAGCAGGAGAGAGUUUGCAAGGAAUGUGUCUUCUCGAUCCAAAAAAGAUGUCAAAAAACGAGAGAAGAUGUUUCGUCGUCUUCAUGAACUGGCGGAACAGAGAAAGCAGCAAGACUGCGUCCCUGGUAGUGGCCCCAUGUUUAAACCCACAACUGUGGCAGUAGAUGGAGAAAAGGAGGAAGACUCAAUGGAUGGUGUGCCUAUGACAAUAGAUUCCAUCACUGAUGUUUGUGAAGAUAAAGUCUGUAGUGUUGUUAGUCAAGGCUCUCCUAGAUCAGGUCCUACCAUCAGUUUUGGCUUCAACAAGCCUAGCUCUUCUCCAACACCCUCUGGAGGCUCUCAGGGUCCCAAACUCAGUGUCUCCUUCUCUUUUGCAAAGAAAGCGCCAAUCAAACUUGAGACUGCCGCAGCUUUCUUUGCAGACCAUGGUGAGGAGGCAAUGGAGGAUGAAGGCCAGGAAGAGGGAGGAGAAAAGACUGGAGGUGAGGAAGAAGAAAAGACUGAAUGUGAGGAAGGAUGUGGGGGAUCUAACUCUGAUAGCCCACAAGGCGUGACAGGAGAAGGGGGUGGGGGUGAGGGUGUGGUUGAGGGUGGGUGUGAGGGUGAGGAUGAGGAUGAGCAGUCCCAACCAGAUGAUGGAGGAUCCCUGGCCUCCACUUUAAAUAAGUUGAAGAUGAUGAUGAAAAAGGAAGAAGGUUACACUGGAAUGGAGCCACAGUAUUAUCAUUAUGUACCUCCUGUACAUUGUCGGGUCAAGCCUCAUUUUCAGUUUCUGCUUUUUAUGAAAGCUUCAGAACAAUGUGAUAGCAAGGAGGAGCAUGAAAGUGGAGAGAAAGAUAAGGUGGCACCUAUUGAAGAUAAAGAGCAAAAACAGCUUAAAAUCAGCACGGGUGAAUCGGAAGAAGAAGCUAAGAAUGAGCCCACACAAGAGCAAAAUACAAAUCCUUCUCCCACACCCACCAAUGUAAAAACAGAAGAAACAUGUAGUACCCCAGCAGAGAAAGAUGACACAGUAGUUUUAGAUGUCUCAUCCCAAAAAGAUGAUACCAAGCAAAAGAUGUCUGAACUUUCAGGCACAGGUCCCCGCAUGCCAACCGGGCCUUUCUUUCCUGUGCUCAGUAAGGAUGAAAGCACCACCCUGCAAUGGCCGUCUGAACUGCUGGAGUUUACCAAGGCCCAGCCAUCUCUCUCUUACAGUUGUAAUCCUCUCUAUUUUGACUUCAAACUGUCAAGAAAUAAAGGAAACUGGGCAGGCAAAAAAAGCAACAUAGCCAAGCCAGUAAGCAGUGAUAAAGGAGAGGAAUCGAAGCCUGAAAACACAGACAGUAUUCCUGCAACUAGUGGAGAGACUUGUACAGCUAUAGCAGUGGCAGGACCAAGUACUUAUCAGAAAGAACAGCUACCCUCAAAAGAUGUAGCGGCCAAAAGAGACAACAGUGAGCAGAAGUUAAAAAGUUGUGAAAAUGUGACUGAAGUGUCAAAGAAAAAGAAAAAAAAGAAGAAACACAAGAAGUCAGGCAAACACUCCAAACGUAAAGAAAAAGACAAGACUGCAGCAGAAGGGGGGUUGGAGAAUGAGGCAACAGGAGAUAAAACUAAAAAGAAAAAAAAGCAUAAAAGAAAGAAAAGCAAAAAUAAACCAUGUGGUACUGAGGACAACGUGGAGGGAGGUGGUAGUAAGGAAAAGGAGAAAGAAAAGGUUGACAAGGAGCCUUCAGCCCACUCAUCAGGAAUAACCACGUCCCAAGAAGGAGGAAAGAGAAAACGAUCCCACCAGACAUCACAGUUGUCUGGUGUUGAGGAAAGCGGUGGAGGAAAGCCCAGCACUGCAGAGGAACACAAUGGUACUAAACGUCUUAAAUCUGACACCAAUGCUGCUUCUUGCUCUGCAUCAGCCCAAAAGAGCUCAAGUGGAGGUCGACCUCGCAACAGUGACAGUGAGGAGGAUGGUGGAUCAUCCUCUCAACGGUCCCGAGCACCCCACCAUCGCUCCACACCGUCACGUGAGCAGCGCAGACACCGUAGUGAUGACUCUGGGCGGUCAGGACGCUCUCGCAGUAGAUCUUCUCAUCAAGGAGACCGCGACCAUAGACGUCACAGGGGUCAAAAGUCCCGCAGUCACUCCUACUCGAGCAGCUCUGAGCGUUCUUCAGCAGGGAGCAGUGCUUACAGCCGCCGCAGUCAUAGCUACACAGACAGUUACAGCGACUACAGUGAUGAAGAAGGUCACCACAGAUCAAGAAGGCUUUCUUCUGACUCGGACUAUGAGAAGCGGGAUAGUGGCCGGUCUCACAGACGACACUACUCCUCCUCUUCCUCCGAUGAGGACUCUCGUUCUCGCUCACAUUCUCACAGCCGUAGGAAACAUCAUCGUCGGAGACACCAGCGGAGUAGCAGCCGCAGCUCUAGUCGCAGUAGCAGGAGCAGCAGCGCUCGCUCCUACAGACGCAGCAGCUACAGCCGCAGCCGAAGUUCUGCAAGUCGUUCAUCUAGUUCCACUAAGAGCUCUCCACAUCGACACGGUCACAGCCGGCGGUCUGACAGCUCCACAAGGAGGCGUGAUUUCAACCGGUCACGUAUUUACAGAUCCCAGUCUCCGAGAUCAUCUUCACGAGCCCAGCGCCGAAACAUCAACUCUUCAUCAGGGCAAGGAACUAGAGCUAGCAGUGGAGCCACGUCUAAAGAGGGAGGUGCUGCAGAACAUAAAAAUUCAUUCACGGCUAGGCAAUUACUAGAGAAAAUCCAGUCUCAAAAAGGAGGGAAGGAAUCUGGAACUGGCACCAAGCUGGGCCUCAAAAUCAAGGACCCUCCACAAGGAUACUUUGGGCCUAAGCUCCCCCCUGCACUUGGACACAAAAGUAUGUUGCCACUUUUUGGCAAGCUCCAAGCGGGAAAGAAACCAUCAUUACUUUCUCUUACACGUCCAAGCGAGGGUGAAAAGUCUGACUCUGGGAAAAAUUCUGAUAGUAAUGAAGUGAUCCUGGUAGAAGCCAUUCGUGAGUUCCCCCCCCCACCUCCUCCUCCACCCCAACCACCUGUCCAACAGCACCAACAACAAAAGCAGCAUUUAGAGGAGGUCAUACCAAAUGCUGAGGAGAGCAGACAUCCAAGCUCGGACCCUUUGAGCCUUCAUGAUUCUCAGCAACAGUAUGAACAUGAUCCAUCAAUGAUGAUGACACAAUAUCAAAGUGAACAAGGGCAAGACCCUAGCAAUCCUAUGUUGGAUAGGCAUCUCAUGGGUCCCGAUAUGGGUCCACAGCCUACUAUGCAGGGGUACCCAGGUUACCCCGCACCCACAAUAGAAGAUGGCGAAAUGGGAAUCGAAGCGGAGGAAGAUGGUCUUGCACCCUUAGAAAGUCAACCGAUCACUUUUACGCCAGAAGAAAUGGAAAAAUACGGCAAGCUGCAGCAAGCGGCACAACAGCACAUCCAACAGCAGCUGCUAGCAAAGCAAGUGAAGAGUUUCCCCUCAGCUGCAGCUGCUGCUGUGGCCGCGGCUAACUUGGCAGCUAACCUUGCCCCUGCACCACCACCACCACCCACUGCACUGCAGCAAAUACACAUCCAGCAACCCGCAGUUUCUGCAGCCUCUGCUACCUCCAUUACCACAGUCCAGCAUGCUAUCCUGCAGCACCACGCUGCUGCUACAGCCAUGGGCCUCCAUCCCCAUAGCCAUAACCCACAUCAUCACCAUGCCCAACUAGCCCAGGUACACCACAUCCCUCAACAUCAUUUAACCCCUUUUUCCUUGUCACCACUUGGCCAUUCCUUGGGCCAUUCACUUGGUCACUCUUUAGCACACGCAGGCCUGAUUCCAGCCCACCACACAGCCUUUCUUUCAGGCCAACCUAUACAUAUUAUACCCGCCUCUGCGCUCCAUCACCACACACCUCUAGCUCUACACCAUUUCCCCCAAGCUGCCCUUUACCCAACCCUCUUUUCCCCUCGGCCAGGCUCCGCAGCAGCAGCCGCUGCCCUUCAGCUACACCCCUUCCUUCACCCCAUCUUCUCAGGGCAAGACCUUCAACACCCUCCGAACCAUGGUUCUUGAAAACCAGGCCCAGCAGUGUGAGGGACAAGAAUUAAGCUACUGCUUGGCAUGUUCUGGUUACCCACAGUCCUCUGUCCUGUACUCUGAUAUUUUAGGGGAUCUUGGCAGGACAGUUUAUGGGUUACUUUGAAAUUGUAAUUGGAUGAAAUCAUGUGUCCUGAACCAGGAUAUUGUUCGACAAGUUGAGGUAUAUAACAUCUUAUAUAUUGCCUUCAAGGAGUAAGGAACUAUUCACACACACAAUGUUGAUUUAAAGCCAAGACAUGAGUUUUACUAGGGCAAAAAACACAGCGUCAAUUUAUGUUGUCUAACGUGUUCCUUAUCCAGAGGCUCACUGACUGCAGCCAUUAUCAAGAUCUUUGUUGAGGGCUGUACAUGUGGAUGGAUAUUUGAGGGUUCUUUGAGGACUUGUUUUUCUGUGUACAAAGCGUUGUAAAAGUUUAUAAGUUAACUCAUUGUAUGAAUAUGCAAAGAUACACUUGGUCCUCCUGGUUCUUAACCAGGCUUUGAUGAAAUGAUGAUUGGUCUGGUAUAAAAUUACCAUAAUAUUUGGUCAUUUUCAGCUCUUACCAGUUAUCAUAAUGUUGUAUCAUACUCUUACCAAAGGGUAUUAUUACAGAUUAACAAGACCAUUACAAUUAAAGCCAUACUCAGCACUUGACUGUGUUCAUCUAUUUUUGCUGGUUGGUUGUAAUUUGGGAAAUAUGAAAUAGCGAAUGGAUCACAGGCAAAUUUUUAUAGUCGCAGGCAAUUGGAACUAAAUACUAGGUUACACUUUGGAUUUCGGGGAUUCUCAUCCAUAUAAUUGAAAUUGUGAAAUCUUGCACUGAAACAAAAUGUACAUUUGAGAUGCUGUUUAUGCAUCUUGUAACAACUGUAUGAUUGUAGUAUUCUGCAAUAAUUUUGAUUUUAAGUUAUUUUCUAUUUUUUUUCUGACAAUGUUAUUUUUCUGUAAAAUUAAUGUAAAUAGUUAUCGUAGUAAACCUGUACAAUAAAGGUUUGUAACACCUGUUUAAAUGAUAAUAAAAAGGAAUAAUGAAAUUGUAAACUGAGACUAUGUAAAAGUGAUCAGGGCUUGGUUCUGCAGCUAUCAGGAGUUUCUUUGGGAAAGUGAGGGACAAAAAAAUGUUGCAGAAGUUUUGGUGACAUUGUACUGUAAAUGGCAGCAAUUAAAUGAGCUUUUUUAAUUCCUCCUUGAUGCAUCAGCAAAUAAACCUUUGACUUGUAAUUGUAAA